UUGUUUGUUAUUAUGAGGUAGGAUGGAUCAAUAUGGUUAUUCACACCACAGAAGUUUGAUGGUCCUCAGCCUCACACAGUUCAAGCCAACUGUGAAGGAUUUGCUGAUGGUGUUGAGGUGGGUGAUGAACUUGUUAUUGAUGGUGGGAUGGCAAGCUUUGAAGUUAUUGAGAAGGUGGGCAACAAUUUGAGAUGCAAGUGUAUUGAUCCAGGUUUACUUCUACCUCGGGCUAAAUUGACUUUUUGGAGAGAUGGGAAGCGUGUUGGGAAGAAUUUCGAACUACCAACAUUGUCAGCAAAGGAUUGGGCUGAUAUUGACUUUGGAAUAUCUGAAGGAGUUGAUUUUAUAGCUGUGUCUUUUGUAAGGGCAGCUGAUGAUAUCAGGAAUCUUAAGGAUUACCUUGCUACAAGAUCAUCUGAGUCCAUCAAAGUUCUGGCGAAGAUUGAGAGUUUCGAAUCACUUGAGAACUUAGAAGAAAUCAUAGAGGCUUCCAAUGGAAUCAUGGUGGCCCGAGGAGAUCUUGGAGUGGAAAUUCCUCUUGAACAGAUUCCAGCUAUCCAAGAGAAAAUAACUAGUUUGUGUAGACAGCUCAACAAGCCUGUGAUCAUUGCGUCUCAACUUCUCGAAUCUAUGAUUGAAUAUCCAACUCCUACACGUGCUGAGGUGGCAGAUGUAUCAGAGGCCGUGCGUCAACUUGCAGAUGCCCUAAUGUUAUCUGGUGAGUCAGCAAUUGGAAUGUACUCAGACAAGGCUCUUGGGGUGCUGCGUUUAGCAAGUGCUCGCAUGGAAGGUUGGUGUCAGGAGGAGAGGCACCACAACUCUUUUGUUCCACUGCAGCUUGGGACAUCACUUCCCGACCAGAUUGCCGAACAAAUUUGCAAUUCUGCUGUUGAAAUUGCUAAUAACCUCGCAGUUGAUGCUAUAUUUGUCUACACAAGGUACGGCUACAUGGCUUCCCUCUUAUCUCGCAACCGCCCCUACUCCCCUAUAUUUGCAUUCACCGACAUUGACAACACCAGGAAGGCUCUGAACCUUCAUUGGGGAGUUAUCCCCAUAGGAAUUGAGCUGUCCAUUGACAUGGAAGAAAACUUUAGGAGAUCAUUUGGUCUUGCAGAGAAGAGGGGGGUGGUUCAAUCAGGGGACUUGGUCCUUGUGGUCUCUGAUGUGACACCCAUUGAUCCAACAACCACUGGAGCAUUGCAGUCUUUACAAGUCAGGACCAUUGCUUAAUGAUAAUCAGUUUUUUGGAAUUUCUGAUCCAGUUGACAGAUGUUUGGUUUUAAUUCGAGUUAUACUGAACUAGUGUAUAUGCAAAAAUGGUAGGUGGGUUCUUAGGAAGUCUUGGUGUGGCUUGAGAAGUUAAAAGAUAAUUAUCAUCUUUUAUGUGAAUUUGAGGCUCCUUUCAUCUGA